AGGAGAUGCUGGCCAUCAAGAAGAGAGAGCCCAGAAUGGCCGCUGCGAUCUGCACUUUCUCAAUCACUGUGAGUGAGAUGGCCUGCCACUGCAGGACCACGUACAAAUGAGCCUCGGGGAUGGAAGUGUUGUUUGGAGGAUUGUCACAUCAGAUACGAGCCGCGUCGCUCUAUGUGACAACCUUAAAAGCGAAGGCAGAAGAGAGGGACGACGAACAUCCCUGCCGGCUCUAUCACUCAGAGGCAUGCAGGCCUUCCACUUAUCUCCCCUUUCAGAAACGUGCACGGUUCACACCUCAGCAGAUCCAUAUCUGCUUUUGGCAGAGAGACAACACCCCGAACACGAAGCGGGCUGGCGAGGGACAAGGACUUGAGUCCAGAUGUGGCCACUCGCUCGCUGCUAAGUGAAGUCGGGUGGAAGUUAUGUCUACGUCGCUGACAGCCGAGCAGCAGCGACGGAUUGAGGAGAACAGACGGAAAGCUUUGGAGAGGAGAGCCCAGAGGCUCGGACAGAAUGCUACUGGCCCACCGGACCGAAGCACUACAACCGCACCGAAUCCGUUUGCUCCGCCCUUGAAGCGAGAAGCACACUUCGUCGCUAACCACAAGGACACAACGGUUGACAAUGGAAUCUCAUCGUCCACACUGACAUCUUCCAGAGAUGCACCUCCUCCCACCAAGCGGCAACACGUCAACCAACCUGCAAUGAGCACUGACAGCGGCAUUAGUUUUAAGCAGCCCUCUACGAGCAGUGCAGCACCGGCCUCCUUUUACAAACAACCAAACAAACCCACCUCAGACUCUCCAACUUUAAAGGCUGUGCCAGCUAAGAAGCCUGCAAUAUCCACCUGGGGCAAAUGUGUGCCACACACUGACGGACGCUUCAGGGUGGAGGUGGCCUACCAUGCAGAACUCAUUGCUGCUUUUAAAUCCAUCCCAUCCAAGAUGUACGACCCUGCCAACAAAAUGUGGAACUUCAGCAUGGAGGACUACCAACAGCUAAUGACCCAAGUGGCCUCCAUCGCGUCUGUGUCUUUGAGGCCCCUGGAGGGCGCCGAGGCAUUGGACAUGGCGGCGGUGACCAGCCGAGCUCAAGACGGCUUUGCGCUGACCGCUCUGCUGAAGCUCUGCAACGGCUGGCAGAAACCGGGGGCCGACAUUCAGGGCCAGUGUGUCCUGGUGUCGCCCUCCAGAUUUGAGCUUGAUAUCGCUUACCAUGUCGAUGUAAUCGCAGCAUCCAAGCAGAUGCCGACAAAGUCUUACGAUAUGAAAACAAGGAAGUGGAGCUUUUCACUGGAGGACUACAAGCGACUGAUGGAGCUCCUCGGGGGCAUAGCAGCCGUGGAGGUGGAGCCUCUUCCACGGGCGGUGAUCCAGGCUUUUUCUGCAAGGUUUGAGGGGCCCCGAGCCAGGAAAUUAGACGUCCCUCAGGCUGACCUGUCCUGCGUUGACCCCAUGAUCUCAAGCAGCCUCAUGCCCUUCCAGAUGGAAGGAGUCAGCUAUGCGGUGUCCAAGCAAGGUCGCCUGCUCCUGGCCGACGACAUGGGCCUGGGAAAGACCGUGCAGGCCAUCUGCAUCGCUGCCUACUACCGGAAGGAGUGGCCUGUACUGGUGGUGGCGCCGUCUUCUGUGCGCUUCACCUGGGCUGAGGCUUUCCGUCACUGGCUUCCGUCUCUGAGUCCCGACAGUGUCAAUGUGGUGGUGAAGGCAAAAGACAACCUGCGGGCAGGGCUCGUCAACAUCAUCAGCUACGACCUCCUGAGCAGGAUGGACAAACAACUGCUCGGGAAUCCCUUUGACGUCCUCAUCAUGGAUGAGUCUCACUUUCUAAAGAAUAUAAAGACGGCUCGUUGUAAAGCAGCAUUGCCAUUAUUGAAGACAGCCAAGAGGGUCAUCCUCCUGUCAGGAACCCCUGCCAUGUCCAGACCCUGUGAGCUCUACACACAGAUCCUGGCUGUCCGACCCACGCUAUUCCCUCGCUUCCAUGAGUUUGGCUUGCGCUAUUGCGAUGCCAAACAGCAAACCUGGGGUUGGGAUUACUCGGGCUCUUCCAAUCUGGGCGAGUUAAAGCUGCUGCUGGCCGAGAGUCUCAUGCUGCGGCGCCUCAAAUCCGACGUCCUCUCUCAGCUUCCUUCCAAACAGCGCAAGGUUGUUACGGUGACCAUCAACGGGGUCAGCAACCGAACUAAAGCGGCUCUGUCGGCUGCCGCCGCGGAGUUAACCAGGGUGCAUCAAAAUAAAAAGAGUGAAAAAGAAGCUCUUCUCAUUUUUUACAACCACACAGCUGAAGCCAAGCUGCAGGCCAUUACGGAGUACAUCACAGACAUGCUGGAAUGUGGGCGAGAGAAGUUCCUGGUGUUUGCCCAUCACAAGUUGGUCCUGGAUCACAUCACGAGUGAACUUGCUAAAAAGGAUGUCUCGUUUAUUCGUAUCGACGGCUCCACGCCGUCGGUUGAGCGCCAGCAUCUUUGCGACAAGUUUCAGCAUUCGGGCAAAACGUGCGUGGCCGUCUUGUCCAUCACCGCCGCCAACACGGGCCUGACGUUGCACGCCGCCGAUCUGGUCAUCUUCGCCGAAUUGUUCUGGAACCCCGGAGUUCUUAUCCAGGCUGAAGACCGGGUCCAUCGCAUCGGUCAAACAAACAACGUGAACAUUCACUACUUGGUCGCCCAAGGAACAGCUGAUGACCACCUGUGGCCAAUGAUCCAAGGAAAAAUGAAGGUGUUGGAGCAAGUGGGCCUGUCCGAGUCAGACCUCUCAGCCAAUGCAGUGACAUGUCAAUUCCACUCUAAGGAUCUCAAUCAAAGGAGCAUCAUGGAGAUGUUCGAGAGGUCUUUCGAGGAUGACGAUGACGUGGAUGCAUGAGGCCAGUAAGAUGAUUCAACUUGAUCACAAACCAUCAUGAUAAAGACUUACGGAUAAAUCCUUUAACCCAGCGGAGAAAGGAAAACAAUGUAUUGUAAAUAAAGACUAGAUCAGAGACGGAAUACUGCAAGUUGACAAGUCUUUGUCCACAUUUGUUUCCUAAAUGGGGAAGCAUGUUGAAAGCAGUUGUUUUCCAAUGAUGAUCAGGGACAUAAUUCUGGUCCUUCUUUCACUUCUGUGUUUGGACCAUGAGGAUUUGAUUUUUGUGUGUCACCUACGUAUGAAGGAGAAAACAAUAAGGUCAUUUUAUCAUCAAUGCACAUAAAUGCACAUGCUGACUUCAAUGCAAACUACUAAAAAUAUAUCUUGUCAAAAUUGAAUAGUGUUUUCAUACAGAAUUCUAUGUUCAUCUCAUUCUAUUUUAAGGCUCUUUUUAAAAUAAAUUGUAUAUUUUA